AUGUUAUUAACUGGAUCUUUAGAAGAAACGUUACUAUUUUCGCAAUGGAGUUUUCGAAAAGUAUGUGACCAUUAUGAGCUUGGUGAAGAAGAGGAUCCUCAAUUAUCAGCACUCCCUCUUCUUAAUGUGGAA